AUGUACUCUCCUCUCGACCAGCUCGUGAAGGGCGCGGGCGUAGGCGUCGGCGGCGGUGCACCCUCCACAAUCUCCUCCUCCCCGUCGUCUGCUGCGCCCGACUCAACAGAUGCCGACAAGCCCAUUCCCGCUCUCGACUUCAACCUCUUCCGAUCACCUUCCAUCUAUUCCGUCGACAGCGGCCUCGAGACGAUAUCCCUUGCCUCAUCAGAGUGCCAUUCACCGUACACGGGCCCGAUCGACCUCGCGAGCGACUCUGAAUCGGACGAGCGGUGCUACACCGAUGGCGAGAGCAGCGAGGACGACUACAUGGCCGUCGAUGAGCGGCCGACAUCACCUUCUACUCCCCGUGCGAAGCGCACUGCUUCUGGGGACACACUUAGGGGGAGCCCGGGAAGUCCGACGCACACCCGUUCCACGACGCCGACGCGCCAGGGCCUCAGCCACAAUAUGCCCUACGCCCACGCCGGCGCCAUUCGCUCAGCCCUGACCGACUCGUCUUUUGCUCUGAAGGGUGUUCCAUCUGUGCGGAACGGACGGUCACAUUCGGCCUCGAGCGAUGAGGUUCAGCCGUCCGCAGCCGCAGCUAUGGCGGCUGUUGUUGCCACCAACCGGUCCGCCUCCGUCCCGGUGCGUCCGCAGGAGGCCAUUCAACCACACCUUGUUGGGCAGCCCUCUCACAUCGCUGAUGACGCUGCGAGCGUGCAUGGCGAGCAGGGCUCAGAUUGGGGUGACGAUGAGAAUGGUUUCGAGUGGCUUGACGCCAACACCCCUGAGUCCACCAACGGUGACGCCAAGCGCUACAGCUCCUCCUCGAAUGUUAAUGGCCGAACAUCGCGUCUGCGGGUGGCCAUCAACCAGCCCACAGGAUCAGGAUCACUGAGCCCUGUGCCCAGUGAAGGCUCCAAGGAAAGCGAUGAGUCACCGACAACCCCUGUCGCAACUGCGCCUGGAUCAUCGCUCCUUAGGGCACCGCAACUCACGCCAAACAACUCCUCACAGGCGUCUCUCAACAGCAGCUCGACGAAGAAGAAGCGUCCGAUCGUGAUCCCAAGGCGUGCGGCUCCUCCGCCCCCGCCAGGUGCUCCGGAGAACCUUGACAUCCCUCUGACGCGCUCCCGCUCGCCUAGGAGUCCUCGCGGCAUCCCAACCAGCCCAGGGCCGCCUGUACAGUCUCGGCCUCGUGCCUCCACCCCUGAGGAGGUCCCUCCCGUCGUCGUUACCAGCGCUUCACCUUCGCCUCACCGCGGAGGAGACAGCUCAUCUAUCGGCAUUGGUCGCCCCAAUGGUCGCCAGACCAACCUCGUCUCGGUCUACGAGCUCGGUGAUGCUUCCAGCUCGUCUGACACUCUGCGUGGCGGACGGUACGCCAAGGUUCCGCUCCCCGCCGAGGCGCCGCUUCGCGGGAAGAAGAUGGGAUCGCCAGUGUCAAUGUCCGACAUGGCUUCUGAGCACCGGCGUCGGGAGCCUCGACGCCACGCGUCCUCGGCCAUGCUGUCUUCUCGCUCAUCCAAGCGGGGAUCGUCGGAGGAAGAGCUGGAUCUUGUUUCCCAGGCUAAGCGGCAUCGUGACAAGGGUGACCUGCCCAAGGCGGCUUGGCUAUUCAUGAAGGCUGCCGAGCAGGGCAGCGCGACGGGUCUGAUACAUUAUGCCAUCGCACUUCGUCACGGUCUCGGAGUCGCUCGGGAUGAGCGUAAAGCUUUCGCCGAGCUUGUUCACGCCUGCGACGUUGGCCUGAAGGAGUCUCCAGUGGACCUCCGCGCUGCCAAAACUAGCAAUGUCAUCAUUACGCCCGCUCAGCGCCGACAGCUUCUGCCUGAUCUGUCGCUUGGCCUGACUGAGGUUGCGAACUGCUACCUUGAGGGCAGUGGCGUGAAGAAGGACAAGAACUCUGGCCUCGAGUAUCUCAGGCUGGCUGGCACCACUGGCGACCUGGGCGCCCAAGAGCAACUGGGAGAGAUCCUGUCGCGCGGAAUCGGAGGAGUGAAGAAGGACGUGAAGGAGGCCGCGAAAUGGUACCGAGCCGCUAUCCAAGGAGGGAGCAAUGUUCCCGGUUUAGCGUGGGUUUGGAAAGAAAAGUACUCUUGUUAA